AUGUCCCCAUAUAGGCUGAUCUAUGGGAAGGCUUGCUAUCUACCCGUGGAACUUGAACACAAAGCCUAUUGGGCUGUUAAAAGCUGUAAUCUUGAUGACAAAGAAGCUGGAGCCCACAGAAAAUUACAACUUCAAGAGCUAGAGGAAAUUUGGUGUGAUGCAUAUGAAGCUUCAUGGGACUAUAAAGCCAAGACCAAAGCCUUCCAUGAUAAACACACCUCCAGAAAACAAUUUCAGGUUAAUGUUAAGGUCUUACUUUUUGACUCAAGGUUCAAAUUAUUUCUAGGAAAGCUACGGUCUAGGUGGAUUGAGCCAUUCUUGAUAGAGCACAUCUAUCCACAUGGGGCUGUGGACAUACGCAGUCCAGAAACAAGCAAAGUUUUCAAGGUUAAUGGACACCGUUUAAAGCACUUCUAUGAAGGAUUUACUGUGCACCUUGUGGAGGAGGUUCCCUUAGAUUCCCCUUCCCCAACCUGUUGCUCAAGGCAAAGAAGUCCAGCCCAAGACAGUAAACUAGGGCACUACUGGGAGGCAGCCCAGCUAAAGUUAUUUGCCCAAAUCACUGGGGCAAAUCGACUGACUGUACCAUAG